CCCUUUUUGUUUUCCUAUGUCUAUGCCGUCUUCAGCUCAUGCUCAUCUCCUCUCCCAUUCAUAGUUUCUCUCUCUCUUUUGUUUCUUUCAACUUUGCUUCUCAAUCAACCAACAAAAAGCAAACUUGCAAAGCUUAUAGCUUUCAACCGGCUUCUCUCUCUCUCACACAGAGAAUCAAAGACUACAUAACUUAAGAUGUCUACUAUGGGAAAUUCAACAAAUAUAUUUUGGCAAGAAUCACCAAUUGGGAAGCUUGAAAGGCAGAAGCUGCUUAACCAAAAGGGUUGUGUUGUAUGGAUUACGGGUCUCAGUGGAUCAGGAAAAAGCACACUUGCGUGUUCACUAAGUAGAGAAUUGUAUACAAGGGGAAAGCUAUCUUACAUACUUGAUGGUGAUAACCUUCGGCAUGGACUAAAUAAGGAUCUUGGUUUCAAGGCAGACGAUCGAACAGAAAAUAUACGUAGGGUUGGGGAAGUGGCAAAGCUCUUUGCAGACGCUGGUUUAAUCUGCAUUGCCAGUUUAAUAUCUCCGUAUAGGAAAGACCGGGAUGCAUGCCGUGCUAUGUUGCCUGAUGCUAAUUUUAUAGAGGUUUUCAUGAACAUGCCUCUGGAAUUGUGUGAGGCAAGAGAUUCAAAAGGCCUUUACAAGCUUGCACGUGCUGGAAAGAUUAAAGGUUUUACUGGCAUAGAUGAUCCUUAUGAGCCACCCCUGAACUGUGAGAUAGAAAUACAGCAGAAAGAUGGAGAUUGCCCCACACCAGGUGCUAUGGCAGGGGAAGUAGUUUCUUACUUGGAAGAGAAAGGGUAUCUGCGAGAUCAUUAAUAAAAGUCUCUGUUGAUCCCUCAAAGGAGGUUGCAUUGAAAAGAUUUCUUGUUGGAUUCAAUUCGCUUGCUGCACACCACUUGCCAAAAUGGUGAUUAGUCAGGACUAAUUACAUCAUCUAGUAGUUCGAAAAGGAAGAUUAUUUCAUCAAAGUAAAUUUCAUUUUUGAGUUCACAGGGUUUAGAAUCAGUGGGCGUAUCUGGUCAUUAACAAACAUUAUAUUACUGGAUAUUUCAGAUGCAGGUCAUCUGAUGUAUUAGUUGUAUUCUGGAUAUAAGUUAAUGAAAACCAACUGUGCCUGCUAUUUUGUAGAAUGAGUGGCAUAUCUGGUCAUUAACACAUUACCCCUGCCUCUCAUUCGGAAGAUUGUCAUUCUGAUGUUUCUACUUUGCAAAAUAAGUACAUUUGAUCUUUCCUAUCCCUGGAGGUGAAAGGUUUCCAA